AUGCCUUCAGUCUCCAAGAUCGCCUCUACUACGCUGGCCGUAGCCGCCGCCCUGUUUAUGCACGGCGCCUCGGCCGCUGCCCUCCCCGGUCCGCAGCGGGCGACGGCCCCGACCACCGCCAGCGGUUCCGGUGCUCUCCCUCCUGGUGCUGCUGCUGCUGCUGCGGCUGCCGGCCCCAAGAUCGAAAUUUCUCAGGCGCAGAUCAAGCAGCUCCUCGCCACCAGCCCGCCGGCUGAUAUUGCGCAGAAGCGUGAUCUCGGCCGGGAAAUCAUCGAUUGGCUCCUUCUUGAUCGUUCCGCCGGUUCUUCUGCCAGUGGCGGUCCUGGCGGCGCCGGUUCUUCUUCCGGUGGCGGUCCUGGCGGCGCCGGUUCUUCUUCCGGUGGCGGUUCUAGCGGCACCGGUUCUAUUUCCGGUGCCGUUUCUCCCGAGGCCGAAUCUCCUUCUUCUGCCACCGAUGCCUCUGCCGGCAAUACUGAGACCCUCAAGGACGAAGCCGAAAACAGCGCUUCUUCUCUCAACGAAGGGGCUCCUCCUACUCCGGGGUCCGCCGGCCAGAACAGCAUUUUCGACAGACCUAAGACGGAGAAGGGCCAGGAGACUACUACUGGUCUCGAGACUGGCGCCAACAGCAGCAAGUUCGGCGAGGAUGAGAAGACCGACACCACUACUCAGCCUACUCGUCCCACUAAGGAGACUGAUCAGACUGAACAGGCUACUCCUACUGAGCAGACUUCUACUGCUACUGAGUAG